AUGAACUUCACACAGCAGCUGUGGUCUGUGAAGGAGUGGGGCCGCGUGAUGGCCACAAGGAGCGAGUACGUCCAAAUCGUGCACGAUGCGACCAACGAUGAAAAAUGGGGGCCGACAGGACCGCAGAUGGAUGCCGUAUGCAACGCCUACCCCCGCGGCGGUCCCGAAAUCUUGAACGAGCUGCGCACCCGCCUCAACAACCGCGACAAGUCGUGGCGCCCGUGCUACAAGUCGCUGCUCGUCAUCGACUAUCUUGCCCGCAACGUCGACGACCGUUACCUGCCGGAGAUCUCCGCCUUGGUGCCCAUCAUCCGCACCAUCUCUACCAGCUUCUACUACACUAACCCCAAGGGUGUCGAUCACGGCGUGUCAGUACGGGAGCGUGCGAAGAAGGUCGCGGACCUUCUCAGUGAUGGCCUGCAGCUGCGUGAGGAGCGUAUGGUAGCUGCGCAGAUCAAGGCGAAACUCUCCCACAACGCUAGCGAUGGUGGCGGCCCGAACAGCGACGCCCCCUACAGCGGAGCUGGCAGCUAUGGCGGCAGCCGCGAUUGUGACCGGUACCGAAGCUAUGUCAAGGGCUCCCGCCAGGCCUAUGACUCCUACCGGUCCUCGCCGCCCCCUUCGGCGGUACUGUCGCGCCCGCGCACCAAGGAGGAGCAGGAACGGUGCGACAUGGAGAUGGCGCUGCGCUUGCAGCGUGACGAGGAGCGCCGUAGCGGCGUUUCGGCCGAGCAGCUGGAGGAGAUGUACGCAACCAAGGUCCGCCAGCGCCAGAGCGAGGCUGAGCGCCAGAAAGUUACCGCGGAGGACGACGAGAGACUCGCCAUGCGACUCCAGCAGGAGGAGGAGGAACGGGCGCGGCGCGAGGGCGUAUCGCUGCCGACGCUGAACUCGGACAAGCCAUCCAGCACCCCAGUAAAGGCCCCCUCGCCCAACCCGCCCGCGACGAAUGCGCUGGACGAACUCUUCGCCCCUGCCCUGUUCUCUCAGCCCGCUGUCGCCGCCCCUGCUUCGUCGCCGGGCCCCUUCAAUUCCUUCCUCAACUCCCGCUCCGGACUUCCACCAGAGCAGAACUCGUGGGUCCAGCCCCAACAACAGCCGACCCGCGUUCAGAACGAAUGGGGACAGCCACAGACAGCCAACGAUGCUUGGGGUGCACCACAGCAAGCGCCGCAACAGUCCGUGCCGCCGCUGCAACAGCAGCAGUUCACCCCUUGGGGCCAAUCGGCCACCGUCUCAACAAGCAACUCAUGGGGUCAGCCUCAGCAGCAGCAGUCGAACUCUUGGGGCCAGCCCCAACAAGGACCCUCGCAGCAACAGCACGUGGGUAACAACGGCAGCGCUGGCUCGUGGGGUCGAGUUCCUUCGUCUCAGCCGCGGGACCCGUGGGACCAGCCGCAACAGACACCGCAGCCGCAACAGGCAUCGCAGCCGCGACAGGCAUCGCAGCCGCAACAGGCAUCGCAGCCGCGACAGGCAUCGCAGCCGCAACAGGCAUCGCAGCCGCGACAGGCAUCGCAGCCGCAACAGGCAUCGCAGCCGCAACAGGCAUCGCAGCCGCGACAGGCAUCGCAGACGUCGAAUUCUUGGAGUAAGUUUCAGCAGCAGCCGCAGCCCGGCGAUUGGGGCCAGACAUCUGCACCACCUCCGCAGCUGUCCGAUACGUGGGGCCAGCCACUGGCAAGUGACACAGCGAGGACUCUCGACUCCACGAACAGCAGGGGUAACUUGGGCAGCAUGUGGGGUAAUUUGGACCAAUUCUCCAACCAGCAGCAUAAGUGA